GCCCCUUGCACAUGCAGAGCGCACAUGCACCGUGGCUUUACUAAACGCGUAGCACGGUCACAUAAGCGCAUCAAAUCUCCCCUCAGCUCUAGAUACCGGCCAAUGAGAACGCAUUACAGAGUAAAAGGACGGAAGGAGAGAGUGAAAGGAGAGUUCAAAUGGGACAUAUAGUGAGAUGAGAUACAUCCAAACAGACACAACAGAAAUUGAGAGAGGACGAGUCACAUUUUUUAAGCCACCUGAAAACGUGAUUGAUGUGGAAGUGAGUGUGUGUAUUAUUUUGUCUAGUUUACAGUUCAGUUCAUCCUCGGAGAUGCUGAUGGAGCUGUGAAUUAUUGGGAUUUUUUAUUAAAAUCACUUGUUCUCUGCUCGCGACACUCCCUUCCGCUGAACCAAGCAACUCACUAGCACAGUGCAGAACGGAUCCAGGUAGCAUGCCAUAAUAAUAUAUCCUGCACACCUGAGACAGUUGGACAUUACUCUUCUGCAUAGAAUACAGCUGGACAUAACUGUGCUUACAGUAUACUACGGAGUGUUCUGUCGUUGACAGAUCAAUACGAUUGUCUUCAACCGUGCGCUUGUUCCAUGGCUCAGGUAUUUUACGCACAGGUAGUUCUCGACUAUCACCUGUCUGUAGUUUAGUAUUGAUCCUGCAUAUUGACAUUCAGAAGCAGCUGUAUAUUGACAAAUCGAGCUUCAUUCAUCACAGCAAACAAGACACAUCAAGAAACAUGGACAGUCCGGGUGGUGGUGUUAUUCUGUAUGCGGGCUCCUCUGGCAGUGCCAGCCCCGGCAGCCCGUCCAGUGGGUACCAGACCGAGUCCCCCCCCUCCUCCCACUCCCAGCCCUCCUCCCCAGAGGAGAUCACCUUCACAGAGCUCGGGCCCCUGGGGUCCCUGAAGGGCCAGAGAGGAGGAAGAUGUACCCCUCCAUCUUCCAAACUGGUGUUCCAGUUCCCAGAAGUCUACAAUGUGGCUACAUCAACAUCCACCCACCAGCACACCUACCAACACCCCAUCGCUGGGACAAGACCAUGUGGAUUCACAGGAACUUUCACCAAGGCUGGUGGGAUGGUGCUCCUGUGCAAAGUGUGUGGAGACAUUGCAUCUGGGUUCCACUACGGAGUGCACGCUUGUGAGGGUUGCAAGGGAUUCUUCCGUCGCAGCAUCCAGCAGAACAUCAACUACAAGAUGUGUGUGAAAAAUGAAAACUGCCUCAUCAUGAGAAUGAACCGCAACCGUUGCCAACACUGUCGCUUCAAGAAAUGCCUCUUCGUUGGCAUGUCCAGAGAUUCUGUGCGUUUUGGCCGUAUCCCUAAGAGGGAGAAGCAGAGGCUUCUGGAGGAGAUGCAAAACUACAUGAACAGCCUGAACGAGUCUAACACCACCAUGGACGUAGACUCCUCCCCCAUCUCCGAGGCCCCUCUCAGCCCAGCAGAGAUUCCCUCUAAAGAGGCAAUCAGAGCCAUCUCACGGUCCUAUCAGGACAUCUUCGCCAGCAGCCAAGGCAGGGCAGCCAAGACGGGCAUCAACAUUAAUAACAAAAAUAACAACCUCCCAACAUCCUGCCCCUUCAAGAGUAACGCAUCUCAGGAGACCUCCCAUGGCUUCUCCGUCUCUACCCAGGGGUAUCAGUCCUGUCCUGCAGGCCCCGCCCCUUGCUGCUCAGUAACCAAUGACAACCACCAUACAUUCCCGUCUGUGGACAACAGUUGCUAUAGUUAUUCUGCGACAUCCAAUCAGAAUCAUGGACAGUCUAAUAUCGACACGCCUCAACGGGGCAGCCCGACCGAUCACAACUGUUUCUCCAUUAAGGAAGAGACCCAAGAGACCCAAACUCAGACUACCUGUCCAUGGAAGUUAGCAGCGGGCACCAAAGUGCUGGCUUGUCCUCUCAAUGCGUGUCCUGUCUCUGCGGCCAGUCGUUCCGGCCAGCAGGUAUGGGAGUCUUUCUCCCACUGUUUCACCCCAGCAGUGAGGGAAGUGGUGGAGUUCGCCAAGGGCAUCCCUGGCUUCCAGGAGCUCAGCCAGCACGACCAGGUCAUGCUGCUCAAAUCAGGCACCUUCCAGGUGUUGAUGGUGAGGUACUGCACCCUGUUCAACCCUGAGGAGCGGACAGUGACCUUCCUGAACGGCCAGACAUACCCGCUGUCCUCCCUGCGGGCGCUGGGGAUGGGGGCGCUGCUCAACUCCAUGUUUGACUUCAGUGAGAAGCUGGGAACUCUAAGGCUGGAGCCUGAAGAGAUGGCUCUGUUCAUGGCCGUCGUGCUGGUCUCUGCAGACCGUUCAGGCAUCGCUGACAUGGGUGCAGUAGAACAGCUCCAGGAAGGGUUGAUCCGCGCCAUGCGUUCUCUCAUCCACCGCCGUCGUCCUGAAGAGAGCGCUGCCAUAUUCCCCAAGCUGCUCCUGCGCCUGCCCGACCUGCGCACCCUCAACAGCCUGCACUCAGACAAGCUGCUGGCCUUCCGCAUUGACCCCUGAACAGCCCUGAACACACACAUCCACACACACACACACAGCCUAUCACAACUUGCCCACCACCACUUUCUAGGGCAGGACUGCCCGGAGACUUUCCAUGAGAAGAACAAUGAUGACUUGGGCAAAUCAAAAAAUAUAUAUUCAAGAAGCAUGUUUUUAAAAAGUACAAUAUUGAACAGAUUUUGAUCGUCAUCCUGUUUUCAUGCACACUUAUACACACACACACACACACACACACACACACACACACACACACACACACACACACACACACACACACACACACACACACACACACACACACAAAUAACUUCAAGAUCUCCAUUUGGUGAAAGAUGGUCUGUUAGAACGUACAUCAGUGUUUUACGCUUACCGUUACCCUCCUGGACAGAUUCAUGUGUAUUGCUGUUUACCCAGAGACCAAAAGACUGACUGUUCACUUACUUGUUUAACUCAUUCCUAAUCUACUGACCAUCGCCAAACCACAGUUGAGAGAGAAUCAGAGAAGAAGAUGUUUGUGGACAAUGAUGAGUCAGGGACCAUUAUUGGUGACUGAAUGUGUGGGGGUUUAAUGUGUGAAUAAGAGAAAGAGAUCCUGUAUAUAUAAUAAUAAUACAUAAACUUUACACUUAAGAUCAUAUGACUCCCAUUUCAGUUAUAAACAGGUCUGGGGUUUAAAUAUGCAAUUAAGUCUAUAUAUAUUCAACAGCCUGGGAUUGAAUCUAGAAAUGCUAUUUUCUGUGUAUUGUAACAUCUGCAUCAGGUUUAAUGGAGACAGAGACAGCACUGUGUCUCUAAGCAUGUUGGGUUUUGUACUCCAUUUUGUUCAGAUUAUUUUGUUGUUGUAAAUAAUAUAUUGUCUUAUUCAAAUAAUACCAAUAUAUGGUGGAUCUGCUGGGCAAAAUCACAGUACAUAAGACAAGUUUAUGGAUCAGAGCCUAUAGAAAUGUUAUUGACUCUCUAAAGGGUGGGGGUUGGCAAUGAAGAAGUAGACUAUGCACUGGAGAAAGUCAUGUUGGAGAAGGCUCUGUAUUGUAUUGGGGAGAGGGAUGUGCCAUUAGCAGACACUCUUAUCCAGAGUAGAGUAGUGAGUGCAUGCAUUUUCAUAACUCACAGUGGUGUCAGAUCAGAUCGCAUAUUGAAUCAAACCAGCAGAAUCCCUGAAUUCACCAGCUCUCCUCACUCCACAACCCACAAUAUGCACAUUCUCCCCUAUCCCCAUCCCCAAGGUUUGUCAUACAAACUGAAAAAGAGACUCGGGGUGAAUAAGGAUCUUACCUGAUUGCUACAGAUCUGAGCACAUAUUCUACUGUUUGUAAAUGUUGUUUCUUCUUGUUCCAUAGAAAUUAUAUAAAGAUGAAAUGAUGUAACCUAUUGAA